AGUUAGGUCAAGUAUAAGCACCAAACAAAAGAGCCGAGGAGGAUGUUUAACUUGGGCCUGAUCAGGGCCCGGCGUGCUUCAUGUAAGCUCCGGCCCGAUCGAUGAGAGGAGUCAGACGGAGGCAAGGCCGGGGUCGGCAGCAGAGGGGAGCAGAGAGAUCUCAUUCUCCGAUCCGCCCAGGCCACCAUGGCGGAGGAUGCUACGAGCAGCCACCCGUCACGCUACGUCAAGCUCACCAAGGACCAGGACGCCCCCGCCGAGGACAUCCGCCCCGGCGAGCUCAACCAGCCAGUUCACGUCCCGCAGCAGCUCGAAGGCCGGAGGUGUAGCGAGUGCGGUCAGGUCCUGCCCGAGAGCUACGAGCCGCCCGCCGACGAGCCCUGGACCACCGGGAUCUUCGGAUGCACCGAUGACCCAGAGACCUGCCGAACUGGAUUGUUUUGCCCCUGCGUGCUGUUUGGGCGCAACGUUGAGGCUGUUAGGGAGGACAUCCCUUGGACAACUCCUUGCGUGUGCCAUGCUGUAUUCGUUGAAGGAGGGAUCACGCUGGCGAUUCUGACGGCGAUAUUUCACGGUGUUGAUCCGAGGACGUCAUUCCUGAUUGGAGAAGGUCUGGUGUUCAGCUGGUGGUUAUGUGCUACCUACACUGGCAUCUUCCGCCAGGGGCUUCAGAGGAAAUAUCAUCUCAAGAACUCUCCGUGUGACCCAUGCAUGGUCCACUGCUGCUUGCACUGGUGUGCCAACUGCCAGGAGCAUCGCGAGAGGACGGGACGGCUUGCAGAGAACAACGCAGUGCCCAUGACGGUUGUGAACCCGCCUCCGGUGCAAGAGAUGAGCAUGCUGGAGGAGGUGGAGGAGAAGGGAGCAGAGAAGAGUGAACACGAUGAUGUGGAGGUCAUUCCUCUAUAGAUAAUAGGGUCGGAGUCCGAGUGAGGAUAGCACUAGCAGCAUCAGAUGACGAUCACAACUUCUGGUCAUUCCUCUAUAGUUAGUUAGUUAUUGAUCUUUCAACAACAAAAUGUGGUGGUGUGGCAACUGUCCAUUUUUAUUAUCCCAAAUAAUAAUACUGUACUACGUUACGGCCCACGCCCAAUUUUUCUUUCAA